AUGAAUAACUCCCUCUUAAUAUCUAUCUAUCUAUCUAUCUAUCUAUCUAUCUAUCUAUCUAUCUAUCUAUGUACGUCCGUUGAUCACCGGCCAAUAGAACUCGCGCUUUCUGGCGUUCAAUUUCUCCCGCUCACAGGAAGUCCUUCUUUUAUUCUUUAUUGCCAGCGCUCGUCACUGAAAGGGAGAAAGCUGCGUAGGCGAAUGCAAGCGAAUCUUCAAAAGCUGGACAUCCUCAGCCUUGAAACUUCUGCCAAUUUCUUCUUCAGCUUCUUGGUGCUACAUCUUCUUCACCCCAGUCUUCUGUCCGCUGUAAACCAUAGCCAAUUGAAGGUAUUCAUUAAACUUCUCAGUAUCCAGAUCAUCAAUGAAUUUUCUUACCUGAUUUCGUUUGGACAUGAUGACAUCGCUUAUGCUGGAUACAUAAGCAUUAGGCGCAAGCUUCUUUCUUUCACAAAAUUCACCGAUGAUGCUUUCAGAUAUCAUGGUUGGAAGCUGCCUCAACCGUGGCGAAUGAAUUUUAUGCUGCCUGUUUAA